CUACCCACGACCACAACAGCUACCUACGACCUCUACACACAGCGCUUUCUGAUCGACUCGUUCGUGAGAAAACACCGCAAUCAUGGGAAAAGUCCACGGAUCCCUCGCUCGCGCUGGAAAGGUCAAGUCUCAGACCCCGAAAGUUGAGCCCCAAGAGAAGAAGAAGACCCCCAAGGGCCGCGCCAAGAAGAGGCUCACUUACACCCGCCGAUUCGUAAAUGUCACCAUGACCGGCGGCAAGAGGAAGAUGAACCCGAACCCGACCUCGUAAGCGGAUAUCCGACGAGGGGAAGGAGUGAGGUGGAACGCACAAGCUAGAAUCUCGGUCAUGAAUUCGGUUUCCUCGGGAUGGCUAUGACUCUGGAUCAGAGGGAUUGGGAGGCUCGAUUCGCGAAGGAUGUGGUUGUGACACGUCUGCUCGAGCGAGAGGCCCACGCUUUGGGAUGAUAGGGGCAUAUUCAUGGCGUACAAUGUACAUUCGGUUUGACAGGGCUACAUUACGAACUCUAGCAUUUGUGUUCGA